AGGUAAACUGCUUUCAAACUGUUUGACGUCAAGGUCGUUUGGGUUUAAUCUUUCGAAUGCUUUGUAAAUAUUCAUUUACUAUGAAAAAAUUAUUCAAUAUUCUACAUUUACCAUAAAAUGCCUACUUUGGAAGAACUUAACGCAUCCCUAGUAACACCUACACAUCAAGUAAUUCUCUUGAAUUCGAAUAACCCUCAGAAUGUUUGUAUGAAUGGGCAAGACAAAUCACACUCCAUUCGCAAUACAAUGAAUAGUCGUCUACAGAGUUUCCAAUCUUUUACAAACAACAUCCAUAGCAGAAGAAAAUCAUCUGGAAGCCGACCUUCAAGUUCUGUUUAUAGAUCAAAGAUUCUUAAACGCUGUGGUAGACAGUUAAAACGAUUAAUGGGGCGUAGAAUAACUAUGGUACCUACUAUUAUUGAAAAUGAUAAUCAUACUAUUGAUUGUGAUUCACCUGCAACGAAUUCUUAUGAAACACCAGCUAGUUUAACAAAUACAUCAGAAUGUUGUCUACAUCAAUGUGAAAAGAAGUGUAUUAGUGUGGAAAUGUUGAAAGAUGUACAGAAUCAGCAAAAUAAAUUAUUUCAAGAAGUUAAUCAGCUGAAACAGAAAUUCUCAGAUAUUCAAAAUGUUUUAGUAUCUCUUCAAAAUAUUCUUGUGAAUCGAAUUACUCUGCAAAAUCUACAUCCUUCAUCAUCAUCAGCAUCAUCUUCGUCGUGUUCUUCAACAUCUUCACAUUUAAUAAAUCUAUCGUAUAAUAGUAAUAAUAAUAAUAAUAAUAAUGGCAGUGGUAUUGAUACUAUACCAAUUAUGAAUACUAAACAGUCAUCUAUUGAUUGUGGAACUGUUAGCCCUUUAAACAAUGCACAAGAUACUACUGUGGCUAUUAAUACUACAACUACAACCAAUAAUAAUGAUAAUGAUGGUCAGAUGAUUUCCAAUCCUUGUGUCAAGUCAGAUAAUCUUGUUUACCUAACGUCUAGUUCAUCACAAUGUCUACCGCCACUAACACCAGCACUCCUACCAAAAGCAACAAUAACAACAACAACUGGAAUCUAUAGCCCUCUAACAGUCAAUACAUCCUCUUUUAUGCCAUUGAAAAUUCUUACAAAUUGUUCUACCUAUGAAAAUACUUUCAUCCCAUCAUCGAAUAUGCUAUCCUCUUCACCUCCAUCUUCUAUCUUAUCUGUUGUGCAUAGUACAAUUCCAUCGCAUAUACCAUUGUCUUUAAUGACAAAACUUCCUUCAGACCAUACUUCCAAUGGAAUAGUCAAUUUACAAAUCACUCCAAAUUCAAUUAAUCCAGUGAAUCAAUCAAUACACAAUCUACCUUUAAAUGAACAAACCGGUCUGCUAUCAUCGUCAACAUCAUCGCAAUCAUCAUCAUUCCCUACAACACAAACUAGUCAAACAACGCCGUAUCCACCUAUUUUGAUUUUAAAUCCAUUACAGUCAAACUAUUGUCCACAAAUAGCACUGACAGCAGCAACAACAGCAACGACAACAACAACACCAACGCCAACCUUGUCAAAUCCUACCUCAAUACAAACAUUUCUACCUAUUACAACAACAACAACUACUACUACUAGUAAUAGUAGUAGUAGUAGUAGUACCACUGCUAGUAGUACCAUAUCAUUUUCUAAUCGUACCAUUCUACCUAAGUUAGAAGAUUCAAAUAGCCACCGUGUUACAUCAUAUCCUAACAGUGUUGUUCCCAAUGGUACCGAUGAAAAUAUUGAUCCAUUAGAUAGUCCAGAUGAGUCAAUUGAUGAUUCAUCACAACGCCAAAUAAAAAUAAAAAAUCCAAUUGAACCAUUGAAUACCUUUGAAAUAGCUUCAACUGUUCGUGAUCUACUAUUAAAGCAUAAUAUAUCUCAACGUCAAUUCUCUAAACAUGUACUUAAGUUGAGUCAAGGAACUAUGAGUGAGUUAUUAUCAAAACCUAGACCAUGGCAUAGGUUAACAGCACGUGGUCGUGAUUCAUUUAGGCGAUUACAAGCCUGGAUAUCGGAUCCAAAUAAUAUUAGCAACUUUAAAACAUAUCAACGUAAACGGACUACCACGGUAACUACUCAUCCUGAAGGUGAAACUUCAAAUCUAGUCGAACAGCCAUUACCACCACCAGUGUUGCACUCAGAUCCUGUUGAACAGACAUCAAUGUGUCAGUGGGAUUUAACUUCAAUGAAAUUACCAUCCCUUUCUUCAUCUGUCCAUAGUAAUAAUAAUAACAGCAAUCUUGAAUCACAGAAUAUUGCAGCAGCUAAUCAAUCGCAUAGAACAGAAUCCACUUAUGACUACUUGGAGAAUCAAAGAUCUGAUUAUCUGCCUUUACCAAGACUGCAACCAUCGAGUAGUAAAGAGACAAAUGUCACCAGUCGUCAACCUGCUAAAUCGUCAGAACUAUCAUCAUCAGAUGAGAAUGUGUUAUCUAAAGAAGAACAAGAAACUGAAAGACGAAUCAAUCAAAUUCUAUUAGCUGCUAAAGUUGCAAUGGAUUAUGAAAAGCAAAUUAAAUCAGCUGCUGCUGGUGGUGCUUGUACUAUUGCUGAUGAAUUAGUUGUAAAGGCUACAAGUGAAGCGUUCAAUACUGCUAUAAAACAUUUGCCUGCAAUAUCUGAUUGUCAUCAUAGUGGUAUUUGUAAUCCAAUGGUGUCUACAGCUUCUAAUGGUGAUCCACAGACUACCGAUUCUGGAAGUGUUAUCAAUCCUUUAAUGUCAACUGUCACCUCCUCCUGCUGCUGCUCUUCCUCUUCUGCUUCUUCUUCUUCUAAUCUGUCAACGUAUUCCAACAGUUUUUCAAAACUAACAGCCUAUACAGAACCCAACUCCACAUUGUUUAGUUGUUCAAAUAACUUAUUUACUGGGAAUGUCAUUACAACUACUUGUCUACCGACUGUAUAUAGUUUACAAAGCGUUGAAACAAAGUCCAAUCAGUUACCUUCUAGUCAAACAGCAACCACAACAACACCAACAACAACGAUAAUACCAUCUGUAUACUCGAACAAUAUAGUCUGUCCAACAAAUCUGUCUGUGCCAGUUAUAUCGACUGGGAUUACUGUUGCAGAUUUGCUCAAACUAUUCACUGCUCAAAUCACUAAUAAUUCAAUCAUCAAUCCAGACAAUUCAGUCAUCAAAUUAGCCUCAGGUGUUAACCAACAGAAUUUCUCUCAUCUUACAGAAACACAAUCAUCAACUGAAAAUAUGAAUGAUUUAAACAGAAUGGAAAAUAAUGGAAAUAUUUUAUUCAACAAUAAUCAUAAUAGUAGUAGUAUUCUAUUAUUGCCUAAUUAUUCAUCAUCUAUGGAAGAUAAUCCUAUCAGACUUAAUCUGAAUGAUCCUAGCUAUUGUAACCCGAUAUAUACUGUAGCCAAUGAAUUGUCAACUGCAUCAACAGUUAUCAGUAUGAAUCAUCACCAACCUCAUCAUCCGCCUCAACCUCCACCACCGGCACCGCCUAUUAUUCCACCGUUAGGUAUAUCUCCUGCAUCAAUGUCAACCUUUCCACAAAUAUCUUCUUCAUCCACAUCAUCACCAAUGUCAUUUCAACAAACUCUGAUGCUUUUAGCUUCAGCGGCAACAGCUACUGGAGUUCACCUUCAAUCAUCAGAUAUCUUGUCUAAGUUAGAUCCUGUUAAUGAGAAUCAUUUCAAUUAUUCAAAUAAUACCAUUUAUCAUGAAACUGAGGAUAAUCUUUCUGAUUCAAUUAGUAAUACUAAUAAUAAUAAUAAUAGUAAUAAUAAUAACAACUGUAGUUUAUCGUCAUCAUUAUCAUCAUCAUCUCAUAGAGUUUCAACUCUUCCACCAUUGAAACAAGAAGAUAUUGAUAAGUAUUGUGAACUAUCUACAGAAGAGAUAACUCAGCGUACACGUUCACUUCUUAUGCAAUAUUCUAUUAGUCAAAAACUUUUUGGUGCACAUGUACUUGGUUUAUCUCAGGGAAGUGUUUCUGAUUUGUUAGCUCGACCAAAACCGUGGAAAUCGUUGACACUAAAAGGUCGUGAACCAUAUAUAAGAAUGCAAUUAUUUUUAAAUGAUCCUGAUAGUGUCAUAAAACUGUUACAGUCGUCUGCUGUCUCCUCACAGUCAUCUACAAUGACAACAACAACAGCAACAGCUACUACUACUACUGCCGCUGUUAUUCCUACUAUGCCAAAAUUAUCUCCAAAUGCACCAAUAUUAUCAAUAUUUGAAUCAACUACUGCCGGUGGUAGUAUCAGUAGCAGUACAUAUGUUAGAUCGAAUUCUAGUCUAUCGCCUGAACCUUUACUGGAUCAAGAACGUUAUACUUUUCCGUUGGAUUAUAUUAAUGGUACAUAUCAUAAUGUAAAUAUGUUAUCAAAUCAAUCUGAAUUAGAAGUUAAUACAAAUAUUCAUGCCCAACAACAGCAGCAGCAAUCUACCGAUCAAACAACAGAAUUAUAUGAUGAUACACAAUAUUAUCCUAAUGGACAAUCUUUAAAUUGUGCCAUAUUUGAACCAAUUACAAGUCCAUCUGGUUCACCUACACCAAAUUCUAUACAAAAUGAUCAUUUCAAUGAAAAUGACAAUAUGCUGAUGACAACAAUAAUUAACAAUGACAAUAGCAAUAAUAAUAAUAAUAGUAAUAGCAGUAAUAAUUAUUGUGGUAAUAAUAAUUCCUAUCAAAGACCUUCAUCAAAAGAAGUAAUGGAAUUGGCAACAUCUAUCCAAGAUAUGGAUACAACAGCUAUGUGUAGUAAGAUAAAAGAGCUAUUACAGCGUCAUUCCAUACCACAACGAUUGUUUGGCGAUGUUGUUCUCGGCAUGUGUCAAGCAUCUGUCAGUGAUAUUCUAUCGAAAACUCGUCCAUGGUCCCAACUGUCGAAUAAGGCAAGAAUACCGUAUGUACGUCUGCACUUGUGGUUACAAGAACCUGAUCAUUUGGAGAUAUUAAAAUCUGCUCAGGCAAAUAUCAAAUCUUUUACACGUCCUAACAGCAAUAAUUCAAGAUUGAAUCAAGUAUACUCCAUGAAUCUUUCAAGUGAAUCACUUUCAAAUACUAAUAAUAAUAAUCAUGAGUUAAAUCUACCUACGUCAGAUUCAUGUAAUGGACAGUUUGCAUCGAUUACAGACGAUACAGACAACAUGGUGGUACUUGGAGUCAAUUCAGAGAAUGAUAUCAAACCACAACAAUAUCAGCAGAUGUCUUGCCCAUCGAUGACACUGAUGACGACGACAGAGACGUCUGCUACUCUUACCACCUCUGCUACCUCUUCAACAACUCGUAAACGUACUCCAUCCUCAUCAUCAUCGUUGUCGUUUAGUAAUCAAGAAAAUAAUAAUAAUAAAAGUAGUAAAUUAUUAAAAAUUGACUCAUUAUCAUCAUCACAAAUGACAAUAUCUUCACCAAAUAAGAAUAAUAAUAAUAAGACGAAACAGACUACUAACAGUAGUAGUAAUAGUAGUACACAAGCACCAAUAGAUGAUUUAAAUGAAGAUGAACGUCAAAGUUUAUUUGAUAUAGCCAAAGCUGCAACAGCUGUCAUGCUUUUAGCCUCAUCAAAUUCUAGUCCAUAUCGACAGAAUAGAACAAGGCAAGCAAAGAUGCCUAUAUCACCUAUUCGUAAAAACAAUAAUAAUAAUAAUAAUAAUAGUAAUAUUAAUGUUAAAUCGAGAGUAACAAGUUCAAAUAGUAAACUCCAUAGAAGUAUUACUCCAUCACAGAAGAAAGCGUUAAUAUCAGCUUGUAAAAGUCAUGAGAAUCUAUCUAGUGAUACAAUGAAAUCACUUGCACAAGAUUUAUGUCUUCCUUAUAAAACGGUUUUCAAUUGGAUUCAAGAAUAUCGUGAUAAUUGUCUGCAGACACCACCACCUAGUCAAAUUGAUUCAGAUAUCAAUCAUGAAAGUGAUGACAAUGAGAAUUAUUCUUCUAAUGAAAUAACCAAUCAUAAAUCAUCAACAAAUUCUUCUUUUUAUCAUCAAGGACAACCUAAUGAAACAAUCGUCCAGUCGUUGACAUCAUCAACAUCAACGCCUACAUCAAUCGCCUUAUCUGAAAGCAGUUGUUCACAGAGACAAAUUCAACACAAUCGUCGUAAACCAAUUAAUCCAACUAGGCUUGCAUGUGCAAUAGUUGUCAAUUCACCGAAUAAAUCACUGCACGAUAAUCAUCCACAUCCUCAUCAUCACCAUCAUUCUUGUUUGUCAAAUUCAAAUGAUCACGAAAAUUCAAUUGUUCCCGUUACCUGAUGAUUUGGCGAUAGUGAUGAUGAUGCAAUAGUUUUCUUUUUCUUUUUGUCACUUAAAGUAUACAGACACAAAUUGGUUUUUUAAUAUAUCCUUUCUCUAAAUCAAAAGUCAGGGUCAUUUAUUAUUAUUAUUAUCAUCACUAUUAUGGUUAUUAUUAUUGUUUUGUACAUGUGUGUGCGUGUUUGUGUGAGGUUUACUGCCCUGCCCUAUAUUAUUACUGCAUUUCAUUAUGAUACUAAUGGUAAUAAUAAUGGUAAUGAUAGUUUAUUAUGAUUACCGUUUUUUAUCAGUGUUUUUUUUUCUAUUUCCUAUUUCCGGUGAAAUUCUAAUCAUAACUUAUCCUAUUUUUCCAACCGUUGUUUUUUUCUACUAAAAAACUAUACCAAAUAAUUAUAUGAUUACUAACAUUUAUCCCUACUGUCAUCACUAUGACGUUUAUUGACAACAAACAGUGUGUCGAAUAAUCAAAUUCUUUCUUUUUAUAUUAUCUUUAAUUAUGCAUAUUUAACCUUUUUUAUUUCCAGCCUGGUUUUUUUCUAUUUUUCCGUUGAUUUCUGACCAUUGUUUUUAGAAAAAACAACUACUUAAAGGUGAUUUCAUCUGUAUAUAAACAAGUGUUGUAAGAUGCACCACUGCACAUAUUUGUGUGCGUGUACAUUGACUAGAAUUUUUUAUUCCCUAUAUAUAUUUACCUUUUUACACCUAUCAAUCUAAGAAAUCCAUCUGUCCAUCUAUCUACCUAUUUAAACGUCCAAUGAGCGAGCUGUAUGUGUGUGUGUACGUUGCACCUGUAUGCGUAGGCGUUGACGUGUCUCCUAUUUCUUAAUUUCAUUUGUCAUAUUGCAUAUCUUUGUCUAUUCUUUUGGUCAACUUAGUAUAUAAGAUUUUAUAUAUAUACACAAACACACAUAUACACAUGUACGUAUACACAUUAUUUUUCUAUUUAUAAGUAUUUUUAAUUACUAAUUGUCUCCCUCACACCACCCUCGUCAUCCACAACCACCGCCAGCCACAUUGUACUUAUUUUUUUUGUCAUAUCAAUGUUGUCUUUUUACUUUAUCUUUCACCCCCCCCCCACACACACACGCCCUCCCUUUUUCUUUUGGUUUCAGGACCAAUGAACUUAUCGGUAUUACGAAUAAUAUAAUCUUGUAACUAAUUGGCGCUAGUAUUCCUUCUGUAAUCAUUAUUGUUGUUAUUACUCCUACUACCUAUAUAUGUAUAUGUGUGUGUAUGUAUUUUCUUACGAUUAAUAUAUAAUUUCCUGUUUUUUACACCAAUGUUAUUUAUUUGUAUUGAAAGAAAAACAAAACAGUACUACUAACAAUAUGUUCAUCAGUAAUCCAGUCAGUGCAUUUGUGUUUUAAAAAAAGGUUUUUUUUAUAUUCCUACCUAUUGUCUUCAAUAUAUUGGAUUAUUCUUGCACAGAUAUAUGAAUAUUAAUUCAAUGAAUACUUAUUCUCCUUAAUGUAUUUGAUAUAUAUAUAUAUAUAUAUAUA